AGUAUCUAUAACGGACAUUUUUAAUAUUAAUUUCUUUCUCCUUCUCCAUUCCCAUUGUUCAUUAAAUAAUUUAUUUAAAAAAUCAUAUAAAAUCAAUUAAUUAUCGUAUAUUCAAAGCGCACAUGCACUUUUUUAUAUAUUUCAUGAUGAUUAUUCACUUUUUAAUGAGAUAAGUUAUCAUACACGAAGUGUAGACUAAACCUAUAUUCUUUUUCGUAUCUCAUGUUUUGAUGGUCACCUGGAACCCUUACCAUUUUCGUGUCUCAUGCAACGUUAUCGAUUCGGUAUAGUAAUGGUUUGAAUUUAAAAUUAAAAUUUUCUAUAAACUUCCAAAUAAUGGAAUAACAUAUCUUAUAACGAAACAGAAUUGUAUACUUUUAUAAUACUGCAAAGAGGAUUAUUUCAUUACGCUAUAUUAAAAAAAAUAUAGAUACUUUGAUAAAUCAAUUAUCUUAUUUAUUAAAUAAGAAGAAGUAAGAAAUAUCCAAGUUAUGUAGCAUAACUUUGUACGAAAAGUACGCAUAAUGAGUUUAUGUAUAUGAAUAUGUAUAUCUAUCUUAUAAUUAGUUAAAAUUAAAAUGCGUAUGUUUGGCUAUCCCACAAUGCAAUAUUCCCCGGUGACCCACGACGGGUGCUAAUAGUUUACUUAUUAAUAAGUAGCUUCUAUAGUCCAGUUUAAAUGAAUGAAAGAAGAGAAUUUAGCAAAACCUAAACUGGAUUACAGAGAGUGUAGUUUUUGGCUUGACGUCGUUAUCCAAAAGUUAAUUGAUUGAUGUAAACAUUAAUGGUUGGAAAAUGAUGCCAAUUACCAGAUCUCACCCCAAGGAGGUAACAACGUACCAGAUCAGCCCAUGAGCCACUCAACAUUACACAUAAAUCUCGACAUUCAAGACUAUGAUAAAUCUAUAAAUGGCUCAGCUUAGCUUUAUCUUAACACUGAUCAAAAACCUAUAUUUCUUUUCUAAAAAUAAGUCGAAAAGUAGUAACAAAUAAUAAUGUUAACAACAAUAACAGUUUCUUUUUAACGAAUACUCCUUCAAAAAUAACCGAAAUAGUCUUCCACUGUUAUUAUAAUUAAUAUAUGCCACAAAUAUGAACAAACUUAUACCUUGGAUGUUUGCUCAAUGAAAAAGAAAGAAGUUAAAGGAAAGAAAGAAAUGAUCAAACUUAUACUGACGAGCUUCACGUCGGUAGAGGUUGUAGCACGAUUGUAAAGCAAGGCUAUUUUUUUAGUUGAAAUCUUAAAAUAUUAAGGUAUUAUUAAACACAAUUUCAGUUUCUUUCGCAUUUAAUAGUCAGAUACGUGUUACGAAUAUGAUAUUUUCAAAGGGUAACAUGGAAAUACGUGUAAUAGUAAGAGUUGCCGAACAUGUAGUUACCCUCUUUUAUCAUUGAUUAUAUAUUUCAAUUAACUUUUAUAUUCCUCGAAUGAUUUUACAUUUUAUUGUUAUAAUUACCAUGAUUGUAUCUCAUUACGACACCGAUGAAAAGUUAUACAACUUUGAACUUUUUGAGCCUUUCUACAAUCGAAGAAUUCUAUUCACCAAUAUGUUCUAUGUUACUUUCCAAAUAUUUUCGUGAAUAAAAACACAACUUUUACAUAAAGGUACGCAGCUUAGCAUGUAUCGAGAUGAAUUUGUACUUUUGUAGUAAGAUUAGAAACAUUAAUACUUUUUCAAAUAUUAUAAAACAAUGGAAUAAGAAGACUUUUGAGCGAAAGUGAAUAUGAUUGAUAUGAAUAAAACUGGUUCUUAGAAAGAAUAUUUGACAUUUUAAGGAAAUAUCGAUAUCAGUGUCACUCAUAUAUAUACAUAUAUAUGUACAGUGAAUGGCCAGCGUUCGAUAACGACUUUAUCGUUAAUAACGAUAAGAUAAGUGAGGACUUCUCAGUAAGAAACGAACCACGAAAUCCGGUACACAUAUUUAAAUUAUGUUCGUCCUUAUAUUUUGUUUCAUCAGUUUGAGUCGCGCUGCUAUCAAUUAUAUUUCGAACAUCACGAAGAUGAAAAGCCUAGCGCAUUCUUUUCGAGAUCAACCGAUCUCGCAGGAUCCAACAAAGGAAAAUUACUCCAUGGACUCCAAGGAAAAUUUAGAUUUAAUUGACGCUAAAGUAGUACGUGGUAUAUCGUACAGGAAGGAAAUCGUACAGAAUUUCCCUAUACAUAAAGACGCAAAAAUCUAUCCGAUGAACAAUAGACGUGGUAAAUGCGUGAUAUUCAAUAAUGAGACCUUUAUUGAAAUGGAAAAGCGAGAUGGAACUAAAAAUGAUGAGGAAGCGAUAAAGCACACCUUCACUAAUCUGGGUUUCGAAGUGAUACCUCAUUCGGAUCUUGACUACGUUGGCAUCAUGGAGAUUGCUGCAAAGUUGUCUGCGAACAAUUACGAAGAUUAUGACUGUAUCUGUAUUUUUAUAUUAAGCCAUGGCACUAGUGGUGAUUAUGUAUACGCGAAGGAUUAUCCAUAUCGGGUAUCUGAUAUUUGGGGAAGAUUCACCGCAGAUAAUUGUCCAUCGUUAACUGGUAAACCAAAGCUAUUUUUCAUACAGGCUUGUAAAGGAAAGAAUCCCAUGCAAGGUAUUCGUGUAAAGAGUGCAACUGAUUCGGUCCAAAAGAGUUACACAAUUCCUACUCAUGCAGAUUUCCUGUACGGCUACAGUUGUGUAGAAGGUCACUACUCGUUUCGAGGUUUAGAAGGUAGCUACUACAUUCAGGCUCUAUGCGAGGUGAUCAACGAACAUUGGAGGAAUAUGGAUCUACUGAAAAUGUUAACGAUAAUAUCGCGCAAGGUCGCUUUCGAAUUCGAAGUUUCACACAAUAGUUCAUUUCUACAUGAGACAAAACAAAUGCCUACCUUUAGCUCAACAUUGACUAGAGAUCUAUAUUUUUUACCGAAAAAUAAGUCAUAGAACAGUAACAAUAUGUUUUUAACGAAUGAUCUCUUAAAAGUUUUGAAAACAGUCUUUCAUUGUUAUUGCAAUUAAUAUAUGCAAAAAAUGUGGUAAAAAUUCAGGAAAGGGAGAAGUACUUACACCCCCGUUUAUAUACUAUUAGGACACUUACAAAAAAACAAGGUGAAUCCGACAAACCGUUAGAAAGUUAUUAAAUCUUGUUAAAAAUUUUAUUUUAAACUUAGCUACUAGGAAUGUUUCUUGUUAAAAAUUUUAUUUUAAACUUAGCUACUAGGAAAGUUCUUGUAAAUUGCUCCCAAUAUUUUUCGCCUUGUCAUCCCUAUGCAAAUUCAAAAUUUUUUCUGAUCCAUGACUUUCUUAACAAUUUUAAGGAAAUCACCAAAUUUCCUAAUAAGUAAUUAUGAACGAGGAUGUAUAGAAAUAUGCGUUUAAUUUGCAGCCUUUUGUGUUUCCAACGAGUGCGCUGUGAACAUAUAUUCUAUAUAGUACGGAAGUGGAUGCGGCGUUAGAUCACGUUGGCCUUGAGCGAUUAAAUGAUUUUGAACAGAUUUCAGUCCUGAAUUGUUGUAUUGUGAUUAGCACGUGAAUGUUCGAGGAUAAUGUAAGUCCUCUUUCGCGAUUUACAAUUUUAUUAACUGCUUCAUUUCCUUCUAGUAAUCUGCCAAUUUAUGUUAAGGAUAUUCAUCGUUUUACGUGACUCGAGCUUAUUAUAAAUGAGAGGAUAGAUGUAAGGAUAGAUAAAAUUUUGUGAAGCCAGUAUAGUAUGGGCUAUGAUAUAACGAAGUUAUAAAUUGAAUCAUAGUAUUCCAGUCAGAAUAGAAGGCACAAGGUCUUCGUUGGCAGAGGUUGUAGCACGAUCGCAAAGAAUGGCUAUUUUUGAGUUGAAAUCUUACGAUAUUAAAGGAGUAACGAAUUGCAUGUUUCUUAGAAUUUCAGUUUCUUUCGCACUCGAUAGCCAGAGACGUAUUACAAAUUUGAUAUUUUCAAAGGGUAACAUAAAAAUACAAGUAGCAGUAAGAGUUGCCGAACGUCCCGUGGUAGUUCAGUACAUAUCACAUGCUUCUUUAUCAUAUAUAAUUAUAGACAUAUUUAAAUUAACUAUUUAUAUUGUAAUUUUUGUAUGUAUUUCUAGAGUAGUUUCAUAUUUUGUUACCAUAAUCAUGAUAAUCGUGUCGUAUUACAGUCGUAUGAAAAAUUUUGUGCUGUAGAUAGAAUAUAUUUACAAAAAUUUUUUAUAAUCAUUGUACAAAUACUUUCAUGAGUUACUGUAUACAUACAGUGGAAAAAUUGAUAUAUUACUCAUUUUGCAAACAGUAAAAGGGCAAUUUGAAUUUCAUACAUUUUAAAGCUUAAAGUGAUUAGAAAAGAGCCAAAAGGUUUGAAAGAUCAAUUUAAUUCAACGAAUGUAGUAUGAACAAACGAUUUUUUUUAGCAUCAAGAUCGAUCCAGAAUUUUCCUGAUAAUUGACACCAUUAUAUAGAAUGAUACGCAGGAAAAAUUCUAAAAACGUGUGGAAAGUUGUACAAAACGAGGAAACUGUUUAAUUCAGGUUCGGUAAAUGGAUUGUAGACUUUUACACUUUGACAAGCACCAGUUAUUUUGACUGGUAUUGAUAAUGUAUUAAGGAUUAGUGUACUAUUUGGUAAAUGUAUUAAGGAAAGAAAAAAUAAUAUUUACAAAACUAAAACGAGUUUUUUUCUUCCAUGUAGAUAGUGUUAGGAAAAAAGAGAAAUGGAUGAAAUAAUUCGAUAUGAAUUAGAAAUAGAAAUUCAGUUUUUAUACAAUACUAUAAAGUUUAAAGUUUAUCAGAAUUAAUUUCUAUUAAAAUACGUACAGAAUAAUUAUUUAUCGAAAAGCAUACCUUCGCUUCUUUUCCUCUACAGUUCUUCAACGGAAGAUCAUACAUCGUUCCUCUUCAAUUUCUUGAUUCUGCAACUAUUUCUUGAUCCACAGUUUCGCGUUCCUGAUCCAUUCUCUCUCCCCUUUUUUUCUUUCUUUUUCUUCCAUUUUAUCUUUCUUUUCGAUCAUCGCUCUUCGGUGCAACAUUUUCCGCGGAUUUUUCUCGAGCACUUGUUCCUGCUCGAUCUCCCAUCAGUAUUUAAUUGGCUCUCCUAUUCGAACUGCUGUCUGCUCUUCGAAAUGAAAAAAGCUCGUUAACUUUAAACAAGCGAUACCGCCAUGCCACCAAUUACCGGCCGCUGAAAAAAAUCCGCUUUGCGGAUUGCCCAUUGAGGGUGAAAUUCUGCUGGAAACUGUACGACGAUGACGUUUGAACAUAUUUUUUUCUAUUUCAGGGAUAAAGAGCAUUUUCGGUCAGCGGAUGUUUAUACGAAUUCAUAUUUUUAUGAACGCAAGUAAAAAAUGUCAAAGCUAAGCAUAGAUCUGUUUCAUGCAUUAAGAAAAUUAUGUUUUGGAUAUAUUCCAUACAGGAUGCUCCACGGUUUAACACUCAAAUUUGAUUAGUAUAUUGUACAAAGAUAAUCUAGUAAAAGGUCAUUUCAGGCCUUUUCAAAGAAGAUGUAAUAAUAAUACGAGAUAUUGAUGACUAAUUAUGCUAUUAUUUUAUUAUACUAGAAUUUUAAAAUCGCUAAAAGCUUGCGAUAGCCUUACUCGGGGAACUGGAGUGAAUAUAUUUAAGAGUCUCUGUUUCGUAUAUCCAGCAAUUCUUCUAAUAGGCAAAUGAUCUUUGCUAACGAAUCUGAUUUAAAUCGUUCCCCUCGUAGGCGAUGAAAAUUGGUUCAAUUCGAUAACACUGUAAUCGCUAUGAUUAGAGUGUCGCGUCGUUACUUUCGUGCUUCACGUGUGUUUCGACGCGUAGCAAGAAUUCGAUUGUUAGAAAGAAUCAUAUAUACUUUGCGGAAGUAAAAAGAAUUUCUAUGAUUUAAAAAAAAAACAAAUUGUUUAUCGUAAUGCAACAAAUACUCCAAUUUCUUCGUAAGGUUAAAAAGUCAUAGAAUCUAAAAGAAACAGCAAAUAAGUAUAAAAAUUGUGGAAUUCUCUUUCAUAACCGCAAUGUUAAAAAAUAGAAUUCAUAAUGUAAAUUGAUGGAAAAGAAAUUGUUGAGAAAGUCGAAUCUUGUGGAUUAAUAAAAAUAGAAAAUGCUACUGAAAUGUCAUAGAAAAUUGUAUCUUUUCUAAGAUAAAGGAGAACGAUAACAAGCUGUACAGGUAUGAAUGUUAUGGAUUAGAACGCAAGGAAAUGGAAUAUUCUGUAUGAAAUUUACACGUCCUAUUAAAUCAAGCAUUCAGUAGCCUGUUUCCAGAUCUGCUUGACAAACAUAUCCCCGCAGACUUAUCCCCAGUGUGGUUCUGCGUUUCUCCGUUCAGCGGCUAAUAAACUGCAUCACGAUAUUAUCAACGUGCCCGAUCCAUAAAUCACCCGGGCGUUGUUCAGUGUCCGAAAAAUCGUUAUCGCAUGAAUUAACAGUGAUUAACUAAGGUACGAUUUCGUUAUUUAAACAUAUCGUUCUCGUUCCGAUUGUUUUAAUAAAUGAAAACUGUACACUGAAAGCUCAGUUUUCAUUUGGAAACGAUGUUACGUUUCACACGAUAUUGUAAUAAUAAUGUCACGAUAAUAUCUAAUAAUUUAAUAAUAAUUCCUUAAUAAUAAAUAUCUGAUAAUGGGGAACAAGGAACAUUAUUCAUUUUUACCAUUUCAACAGCAAAUCAUCUCUUUAUUUUUUCACCAGAAAAAUUUCACUUCUAUCUAUCUGUAAAAAUGCUAUAACAAUAGCGAUAUGAUAAUAAUAAUAACAAUAGUCUACAGAGUAAUUAUUCAGAGCAAUCUUUUCAUCAUUUGAUCAUUUCAUCUUCCAAAUUUAAACGAUUAUACAAAUAUAAAUCGUUUGGAUAUGUCUAAUUUAAUCUAAUCUCCCUACACAAAAUAUUACAUCUAAUCCAAACAUCAACUGUUUUAUCUCCGAACCAAUUUCCAUUCAACACCGACUAAAAAAAAAAAAAAGGGAAAAUAGCUAGUAAUUCCAACUCUCUGGACGGAGCAAUCAGCGCAAUUACCAACAGAAGGUCGAACAGUAGUCUACAACCCUCCGAACACUUUUGCCUCCGCUUGACUGGAUCGUGAAAAAUAAUUCAACUAACGACUUCCUUUGACGUGGAUCACUCAUGGAUCGCGUCGUUCAAUGAUAUGUACGUUUAUAGUAAGUUCUGGACUAGGCAACCCGUGGAGGACGAUGACCAGGGUCAUAGUCGAUGCCAGUGGAGCAGUUUCGGCGUCGACAGGCAUUCGUGUGUUGGGACCAGGGGCGGAAUGGAGCGAAAGAGGAAGAGGGGAGACACGAUUCUGGCCGUGGAGCAAACGUAAGAGUCAGGAGUUUGCGCGAACAGAUCAAUACUGCCCCCGCACGUGGAUUCGUCUCUUUCCUUACACGCCUUUCUCUCUCAGCCUGUCUAGCGUAAAAAUCUCGCUGGCCUAUCCUGUCCUCUUUCAUCUCUGCUCGCUUUUCCACUUCCUUUUCCUCGCUAUUGCUCCGGUUCCUCUAGCACCGUGCCUCUAUUUCCCUAUUUUUCCUUUUCAAUCUUUUCUCCUUCCGUUUUGUUCCAGCCUCCAUACAGUCUGAGGUACAUUCACGCGUCUCUUUCUACCUCUUUAAUCUCAUUCCUCCAACUUCCACCCCGCACGAUUUUCUUCGUCCUUCUCGUUCGUUCGCAUUCUUUCUAUUCUCCGUUUUAUUGUCUGUCUGAGAAGGAAUUCGUGGCGUCUAUUAGGGAUUAUUUAGGGAUCUGAAAAGAUUUAUGUAUUUCUAGGAUCUUCGAGAUUUUUGAAAUUGUGGUUAGAAAAUCAUUUAAAACUAUUUUAUCUAUUGCCCCGGUUUCUCUAGUACCGUGUCUAUUUUUCUAUUUUUCCUCUUCAAUCUUUCUUCAAUUUUGUUUUGUUCCACCCUCAAUGAGGCCUGAGUUAUAUACGCGCGUCUUUUCUUACGCUGUUAAUUCUGUUUUUCUGACUCUCGUCCUGCACGAUUUUCUUCUACUUUUCGUCCGUUUACUUCUCUUCGCUAACAUGCCGCUUAAUUUCUCUCUUCUCACUCGUAGCAAGUUCUCGCACGAGUCUGGAUUUCUUCGGCCUACCAUCGGAUCUUCUCAUCACUACACCUUCUGAGUUAGAGUAAUCGUGUACAUGUUCCCCUUUUCAGGAACGCUGCUCUUCGUUGUUAAAUUUCCUUCUUUCCUCUCUCUUAGAAUCCUUUCCUUAUUUUUCGUCCCUUUUUCACGUGUUUAUGAAUCUUCCUUUUUCGCCUGACUGGUUAUAUUAUACCUGUGUUUCGAUCAUGUGCACACGAUGACUAAAAUCUUAUAUCCUUCGCAUUUUAUCCUUUCACUUCAAACUUUAAAUGUUUGUACGUAAAAUAAAUAGUAAGAAAAAUAUUUUGAUUAAAAGUGUAUGAAAUGUUUUAAUCAUAAAUAUUGAAAUCUCUCAGAGCUGCUUAUCGCAAUAGUCACGCGCAAUGUUUUCAUUUCCACACUGUGAAUGAAACGUGAAUAAAAGUGUCACCCCUUUGCUUUAUAAUUAUUAAACGAUCUUCAGCUCUGUCACACGUAAUAAAGUGCAGAAAGGAGAAUGAGCCCAGUUCAUCGAUUCUCAUCUCGUUUCUAUUCAAUAUAGAACUUCCUUCUUUUAUCUUCCUUUAUCCUCGUAUCUGUUUAUUCUGUUCUUCAGACUUCAGCCUGAAAUUCGGUUCUACCCUUCCAACAAGUAAGUUCUACUUCUAGGCAGGAUUAUACAGCCGCUUUCAUCUUACCGUGUGUUCAUCGACGCACGUAUAGUUGGUGCAAGAUAUACAGUGAGGUUAUAAAUUAACGUGUUGACUGCUGAUAACGUCCCGACAUGACCUGAUUGCUCCCAGAAACGGGUGGGGCCACGUUGGCAUCGCGAUCAAAUUCUUUUCCAAAGCAAUGUUUUUCAGUGAAUUCAUAUAAAGAUAUUGUUUCUGAUUUCUAAUCAAUUGCUUUGAAUGUUGCUUCAAAUGUACGAAUACUUUCGUGAGUAUUACAGUAAAUUACUGACACUAAAUCCUUGCCACUUUUAUCUGAAUUAAUUGCUACGUUACUAAUCCGAUAUUUCACAAUGGAAGGUAGGACAUUUCAACUAAUAAUGGCUGUAUAACGCCUGGCCGAUUUUACGAGCUCACUGUAUCGCUUCUACCGACUAUACACGCUUUCUUCCCGCAACGUACGACCCUUCUCUAUUUGUAUCGUAACCUCCCUCGACCUUCCUUUUAUCUUCCUCCAUGCUUUAUCCCUUUUUUUCGCUACCCUCUUUGUGAGCCCCUAGCCUAGUGUCUCUGUUUCCGCGUACCUUCUCUUUCCUCCCCCAUUUUCCUACUUUUAUCCCUCGUUCUAUCCCUUUUACUCUUUGCUAGUUUCCAACCCUCUCUUCUCAUCUUUAUUCCUCUUUGUUCAUCGCGUUAGCUAGCCUCUAUCCUCGCCUGGAGCUCUUCGACUAUCGUUUCUAGUCGACGUUUCGUAGCCUCUUCCUGUUUCUGCAUACACCGGUAUAUGCGAUAUUUCUGUCCUCGUUUUGAGAAUCAUAUAUAUGUACGUUGUCUCUGUCACGCAGAGUUUCUCUCGUCCGUUCAUUCAGCACACAACAUGCUUCGUCGUUUUUAGAUCCUCGUCUCGUUUUCACCUUCGUCGCUUCUCGCUGUUUGAACGCAGUUUUCAGUACUGCCGCUGUUUCCCUUGAUCUCUCCCUUUGUGUCGCGUUCCUCCGCGUUUGCUCUCCCAUCCUCCUCUUGGUACCUAUACGUGCACACGUGUAUGGAUAUGUGCGCGUUUUUUGCGGCUGCAGGUAUCUAAUGUUUCAUCCACUUUUCGGUUCUUCGUUCUUUCAUCCGUUCUAUGCUGUUCUACUUUGGCUAUACUUUUCUAUCCCCUGCUUUAUUUACUGGAAGUGUUCGUGGUAGGUAUUAGAGAUUAUUUAGAAAUCUUGUACAAUUUAUAUGCGUUUUAAGGUCCUCGAGAUUUUUUAAAUCGCUGUUAAGGAAUUUAAUAAUCAUAAAACUUGUAGGAAAAUUUCGUCUUUUACUUUUAUCUUCAGAAUUUAUAGAGAAGGCAGAAAUCGAAGGAACCUUCAAAAUUUUUAAGGAACUUUUAAGAAUUGAUAAUUUGCUAAUUUUUAUAUCGAAAAGAGUAUUCUUUUUAAACUGUUUCAUCUGUAUGGUAUUACUACGUACUUCCUUGCAAGAUUUUAGCAUCAUAAAAAUUACUAAUUACUUCAAAAAUUCUAUUCUAAUUUUAUCGCUGUAAUUAGUUUUCAACUAGCCUGUAAUAUCGACUUUGGAAGGAGUGUUGAAUUUUCAAUUUCUAUUACUAAAUUAGCCCGUAUUAUUUGAGGUAACAUUGUUUCCUCAACUCGCGAUACUUGCGCUGCCAUUUCCAUUUCAAGUUGCAACCUUUUUCUACCUGUACGUCGCGGUCGGUCCGUUUCCAUCAGCAUCACUGUCUAUACUUUUCGUUUAUCCUUCCUUUACCUAGCUGCCAUUCUCUUUCGCGUUUCUCCCGGCCGUCUACCUCGUCAUAGGUUUUCUGUCACUUUUCUAUCUCCCGUGUCGCGUUCCUUUGCGUUUUGCCCCCGAUAUCUCUCUAUUCCUGUCGUAACAGCAACUUUGUCACGUUUCCUCUUAAUUCGCAAUUCUUCUCGGCGCCCUUCUUCUCUUUCCUUUUUUCACCCCUUUUUCCUCUUUCGCUGCUGUAAACGAUGCUUUAUCAUCUCCAAUUUUCUAUCUUGUAUCUCCUCUAUGGGCGCUAUUUUUUUUAUACAUCUUUUUCUUUUUAUAUCCUUUUUUAACACACAUUCUUUUUUAAAUUCAUUUUUUCUCCAGAUUCUUGCUUCCUAUUUUUGCUGCUGAUUCGCUGUAAUAAAUCGUCCAGUGUGUUUUCAUCUUCUGCUACCACUUCGAACUUUUUUGGUUUUUCAGAUCAUUUCUUUCAUUUCUUCCGUCUCUUUCCUCCAACUGUUUGCCCCUGCUUGUAUUUGCUGGAUUCCUUUUAUCCUCUCCUUUCCGUUAAAUGUUUACAAACAACUAAAUCAUAUAGCUCGAAGCUUUCCAUCAUCGUUUUAGCAGGAAAUUCUAUUUUACAAGCUCUUACACUUUGUAUCAACAUCUUGCUUUGCAUUUGAAUUCCUUCUCGUGCUCCAGUCUUCCCCUUACUUCUCCGUGUUGUAUCCCCCGGAUCAUAAGCUUAUCUACCCUCAACCCACUUUCACCCCGUGGAUUUCCUACAUUUCCAUUUCCUACCGUUUUCUCCUUUAGUUCACCUUUUUGCGUCUCUCUCGCGUUUAUUGCCUUUCGAUAACUUCCAUGUUUGUUUUUUCUGUUUCGCUUCUCUUUUCAGAUCUACUUCAUUUUUACCUCCUCUCCGCGUUCUGCUCCAUCAUUCCCCUUCAACAGCCUGUUUCACUUCCACGGAUCAUCCCUGCCCCUCGACAAUCCCUAUCUUCAUCUCUCGUCCAUUCCUCCUACGCCACUCAGAAGCUCCCAUCUCUUUCCGUUUUUAAUUUCAUCCCUCUCCCUCCCUUAGAGAGUAUCCGUGUUUCUUUCUUUCCGCCUCUCCUCCUCUCCAAUUUCAGUCAUCUUUCUCCCCUCUACGAUAUCUAUCUUUCUCUUUCUCCCUGUUCCAUCUCGCUUCUUCCUCCCCUCCCCCCGGCAAACUUUAUCUUCGUCUCUUUCCCUUGUUUCACCCUUCUAUCCUCGUUUCACUCUUCCUGCACCCCUUUCAACAUCCUCUUUUUCCCUCGCACCCCCACAUACCUUUCAACAUACCUUUCUCUUUCUCCCUUUCAUACCACCCCUGUAUUUCCCCUUUCACUCCUCUUUUCAUCCUUCGUAGUUAACAUUUU